ACGGACCGUCUCCGCUAGAGGCUGCACAGCCCGCCCGGACCACCGCCGCCGCGCCCGCCGCCGCCCGCCCGGCGCCCUCCGGUUUCCUUCCUCCAGGGGGAAAAAUGUCCUUCGGGCCGCUUUCCAGGAAGCAGCAGGAUGUGCUGCUCCACUGUCACUAGUAACAAGCUGCGCAAACCAUGCAGGAUGAUUUACUGAUGGACAAAAGCAAAACCCAGCCCCAGUCCCAGCAGCAGCGGCAGCAGCAGCAGCCCCAGCCCGAGCCCAGCGCAGCCGAAGCCCCGUCCACGCCCCUCUCCUCAGAGACCCCCAAGCCGGAGGACAGCAGCGCAGUGCCGGCCCUCAGCCCCGCCGCGGCCCCACCGGCCCCCAACGGCCCCGACAAGAUGCAGAUGGAAUCGCCGCUCCUGCCGGGCUUGAGUUUCCACCAGCCGCCUCAGCAGCCGCCGCCGCCGCAGGAACCCGCGGCGCCGGGCGCGUCACUGUCGCCGUCCUUCGGCAGCACCUGGUCCACAGGCACCACGAACGCGGUGGAGGACAGCUUCUUCCAGGGUAUCACCCCAGUCAACGGGACCAUGCUCUUCCAGAACUUCCCGCACCACGUCAACCCAGUCUUCGGAGGCACCUUCUCCCCGCAGAUCAGCCUGGCGCAGACCCAGCACCACCAGCCGCCGCCGCCACCCGCGCCACAGCCCGCGCAGUCCGCUCAGCCCCCGCAGGCGCAGCCCCCGCAGCAGCGCCGGUCGCCCGCCAGCCCCAGCCAGGCGCCCUACGCGCAGAGGAGCGCCGCCGCGGCAUACGGCCACCAGCCCAUCAUGACCAGCAAGCCGUCGUCGUCCUCGGCUGCAGCAGCCGCCGCGGCCGCAGCCGCCGCCUCGUCCGCCUCGUCCAGCUGGAACACGCACCAGAGUGUGAACGCCGCCUGGAGCGCGCCGUCCAACCCGUGGGGUGGCCUGCAGGCAGGUCGGGACCCUCGCCGGGCGGUCGGCGUGGGUGUGGGCGUGGGCGUCGGGGUGCCUUCACCACUCAACCCCAUCUCGCCGCUCAAAAAGCCCUUCUCCAGCAAUGUGAUCGCGCCGCCCAAGUUCCCCCGCGCGGCCCCACUCACUUCCAAGUCGUGGAUGGAGGAUAACGCUUUCCGGACCGAUAAUGGUAACAAUCUGUUGCCAUUUCAGGACCGGAGUAGGCCCUAUGACACUUUUAACUUGCACUCGUUGGAGAAUUCCUUAAUGGAUAUGAUAAGGACUGAUCAUGAGCCUCUGAAAGGUAAACACUACCCUCCCAGUGGCCCACCAAUGAGUUUCGCUGAUAUAAUGUGGAGGAAUCAUUUUGCAGGACGCAUGGGAAUAAAUUUCCAUCAUCCAGGAACAGAUAAUAUUAUGGCACUUAACACCAGGAGCUAUGGGCGGAGACGAGGUCGGUCUUCUCUCUUUCCCUUUGAAGAUGCCUUCCUGGACGACAGUCAUGGCGAUCAGUCCUUGUCAUCUGGCUUAAGUUCUCCCACUCGCUGUCAAAAUGGGGAACGAGUAGAACGCUACUCGAGAAAGGUGUUUGUUGGGGGCCUUCCUCCCGAUAUCGAUGAAGAUGAGAUCACUGCCAGCUUUCGCAGGUUUGGACCUCUCGUCGUAGACUGGCCUCACAAAGCUGAAAGCAAGUCAUAUUUUCCUCCUAAAGGCUAUGCCUUUCUGCUGUUCCAGGAAGAGAGCUCAGUACAAGCUUUGAUAGAUGCCUGCCUAGAAGAAGACGGGAAACUGUACCUGUGUGUGUCGAGCCCCACCAUCAAGGAUAAACCGGUGCAAAUUCGACCGUGGAACCUAAGUGACAGUGACUUUGUAAUGGAUGGUUCUCAGCCUUUGGACCCCAGAAAAACUAUCUUUGUUGGGGGAGUUCCACGACCCCUUCGAGCUGUUGAACUGGCAAUGAUCAUGGACCGUUUGUACGGUGGUGUCUGCUAUGCUGGCAUUGAUACAGACCCAGAGCUGAAGUACCCCAAAGGUGCUGGCCGUGUGGCGUUCUCCAAUCAGCAGAGUUACAUUGCAGCUAUCAGUGCUCGCUUUGUGCAGCUCCAACACAAUGACAUUGACAAACGGGUGGAAGUGAAGCCAUAUGUGCUGGAUGAUCAGAUGUGUGAUGAGUGCCAGGGCACACGCUGUGGUGGGAAGUUUGCCCCGUUCUUCUGUGCCAACGUCACCUGUCUGCAGUAUUACUGCGAAUACUGCUGGGCGAGCAUCCAUUCCCGCGCCGGGCGGGAGUUCCACAAACCGCUGGUGAAGGAGGGAGGCGACCGCCCUCGUCAUGUCCCGUUCCGCUGGAGCUGAGCCCAGGGCAGACCCAGCCACAAGUACUGGAGUAGAUAACAAGGAGGGAAAAGAGAGGGCACUGCCUCAGGGCUUACAGUGUUCUGGAAAUCUGUGCAUUCGUUCUCGAUUUUUAAAGAAGAAAUGGGUCUUUUUAUUAUUAUUAUUUACAGUCAUAUUACUGAACUCAGUAUAAUGCAGAAUUGCAGAGUGUGUAACGGUACUGAUUUGCACUUUGAUUCACACCUUUGUCUGCUUGGUACCUUAAUUUCUUACACCUGAUUUGUCACUCGUGACAGUAUGUAGACUGCCAUUCUCAUCUGCGGCCAUCAGGUUGAUGUCUGUGACAUUUUGUUGUUGUUGUUGUGUCGUUGUUGUUCUGAUUGUUUUUAAACUGGAGCAUGCACUUAUUUUCAGAAACAUAGAGAGUUGCCCCUAGAAGAAGACUUACCAAAGGUAAUACUCGGGAGUAGGCGGCAGAUGUAGCAAAAACUUCACAACAAGUCAGCAGUCAUUAGUUGGGGUCAUUUAGAGUAAGGACAACCCUUAAUGAAAAUAAGCCUUUAGUUGCUCUCUAUUUUGACAUGUAAGGAUACCUCAUAAGCUGAAUCUUUAUUUUUCCUUCAUGUUUAAUUUUGGUUUUGCUGAGGAUUUUGGUUAGAUCGUUUAGUGUUAUGUAAAUUUAUGCUGCAAUAGCUUUUGCUGCUAUUAAAAUGGUAUUAUUAAUACCAUAAUACUCUAUCCAGGCUAAAGUAUCAAUU